UCCUCUCGUUUCCCCACGUCAUCCAACAGUUAGGUUGGGAAAUUGGGAUUCGCUCUCUCAUUUCUUUCACUAAUUUCUUCCUUCAAAGUUCAAACCCUAAUUUCCUUCUCCCCCCAAUUCAAUCCCUCUCUCAAACGGCCUUCCCCUGCCGAUUCGUCCUCAGUUUCCGACGAUUCCGAUCCGUUCGCAUCACAAACUCCUUCUAUUUCCAACUAUGUCAACCUCUCUAUCUGCCGUUCUCGACUAAGAUAAUGGUCGAAGCGUCGAGGUCUUCGUUUCAACCAUUUUAUGGGUCUGAGCAAUGCCGGAGCUUCGCAGGCGAGUCCGCAGAGGCUGCGCUAGGGUAGCCGCCAGGGGAUCGGACUCGGAUUCUCCCCCUCUUCCUCCACCUCCUCUGAAGAAUUACGUGAAGACUCGAGCCGCCGUCGCGAGAGAAGCCGCCGCCGCAGCGAAGGCCUCGCCGAGGCCGCGGAGAAGAGGAAGACUCGCGGGAGCAGGGAAUAGGAGGUCGAAGAAGAGUAGGGUGCUUGUGAUAUCGGAGAGCGACAGGGAGUCCGAAGGUCAAGAGAAUUUUGAAGAAGAAGGAGAAGAAGAAGAAGGAGAAGGAGAAGGGGAAGAAGAAGGAGCACGAAGAGAAGGAUCAGGAAAAGCAGUUAUGGCUGACGAUAGUGGUGGGUUGAGCGCCAAUAAGGCUGCUGGGCAAGAAGACGAGGGCACUACUGUGCCUUUUCCUGAAAAGGUUCAAGUAGGAGGAUCGCCUCUCUACAAGGUAGAGAGAAAGUUGGGUAAAGGAGGGUUUGGUCAGGUGUUUGUUGGUCGUCGUGUUACAGGUGGCAAUGAUCGCACAUCUGGUCCGAGCGCUAUGGAGGUUGCUCUAAAAUUUGAGCACAGGAACAGCAAAGGUUGCAACUAUGGCCCUCCAUAUGAGUGGCAAGUGUACAACGCACUUGGUGGUAGUCAUGGGGUGCCUAAAGUGCACUAUAAAGGAAGAUCCGGUGAUUAUUAUGUUAUGGUUAUGGAUAUGCUAGGACCCAGCUUAUGGGAUGUAUGGAAUUCUUCUGGGCAGGCGAUGUCUGCGGAGAUGGUGGCCUGUAUUGCUGUUGAGUCCUUGUCAAUCCUAGAGAAGAUGCACUCAAGAGGUUAUGUGCAUGGAGAUGUUAAGCCAGAAAACUUUUUACUUGGUCAGUCAUCUACACCACAAGAGAAAAAGUUGUUUCUUGUUGAUCUUGGUCUAGCAACAAAGUGGAAAGACAGCUCUAAUGGGCAGCAUGUUGACUAUGAUCAGCGUCCUGACAUGUUUAGAGGAACUGUUCGAUAUGCUAGCGUUCAUGCUCACUUGGGAAGAACUGCUAGUAGAAGAGACGAUCUUGAAUCUCUUGCAUAUACUCUGAUUUUUCUUCUCCGAGGCAGGCUACCAUGGCAAGGUUAUCAGGGUGAUAACAAAUCAUUCCUAGUUUGCAAGAAAAAGAUGGCAACUUCUCCAGAAAUGUUGUGCUGCUUCUGCCCUCAACCUCUUAAGCAGUUUCUUGAGAUUGUGGUGAAUAUGAAAUUUGAUGAGGAGCCUAACUAUUCGAAGCUAAUAUCUCUGUUUGAAGGUUUGAUAGGAUCAAAUCCAGCUGGUAGGCCACUAAAAAUUGACGGUGCUCAAAAGAUUAUUAGUCAAGUUGGACAAAAGCGUAGUAGAUUGAAUGCUGAUGAAGAAGAUGACGGGCAACCAAGGAAGAAGGUUCGUAUAGGAGUUCCUGCGACACAAUGGAUUUCAGUUUACAAUGCUAGGCUUCCAAUGAAACAGAGGUACCAUUACAAUGUGGCUGAUGCGAGGUUGGCACAACAUGUGGAUAAAGGUGUUGCAGAUGGUCUGCUUAUAAGUUGCGUGUCAUCUUGUUCUAAUCUAUGGGCACUUAUUAUGGAUGCUGGAACUGGUUUUACUAGUCAAGUUUAUGAACUUUCGCCAUUCUUCUUACACAAGGAAUGGAUCAUGGAGCAAUGGGAAAAGAAUUAUUACAUUAGUUCUAUUGCGGGUGCCAACAAUGGAAGCUCGCUUGUUGUGAUGUCUAAAGGAACCCAAUAUUCUCAACAGUCUUACAAAGUAAGUGAUUCCUUUCCCUUCAAGUGGAUCAAUAAGAAAUGGAGAGAAGGGUUUCAUGUGACCUCGAUGGCAACUGCUGGGAGUCGAUGGGGUGUUGUCAUGUCCCGCAAUGCUGGCUUCAGUGAUCAGGUUGUGGAGCUCGAUUUUCUCUAUCCAAGCGAGGGCAUUCAUAGACGUUGGGAUAGUGGUUACCGUAUAACAGCCACAGCUGCAACUUGGGACCAGUCUGCUCUUAUUCUAAGCAUUCCCAGGCGCAAACCUGGGGAUGAAACUCAGGAAACUCUGCGUACUUCGCAGUUUCCGAGCACACAUGUUAAGGAAAAAUGGGCCAAGAAUCUUUAUCUUGCUUGUCUAUGCUAUGGCCGAACUGUAUCUUGAUUCCUUUUGUACUUUUGCGAGGGAUUUGUUUCCAAUAAGAAAAUAUAAAUUUUGUCACUUCUCCCCUCAGUUGGGUUUCUCAUUUCAACAUGUGUAAAAAAAAGGGGGGUUGUAGUCUGUUCGACUUUAGCUGCAGCAGCACACAAAAAGGGAAAAAAAAAGUUUGUAUUUUAGGUUUCAGCUGCAGCAACACAGACGUUUAUUUUAAUUUAUUUUUCUUAAGUUGUAUGUGUCUGAAUUUAAUUAGUUAGUUCCUACAUGCCAACACCUAUAAUCUAUGCCCUUUUUCUUUUUUCUUUC